CUACAUUUUAAAAGUCAACUCUAGCUUUAUCAAUCUUUUUUAUUGUCUAUGUUACGUGUGAAGCGAAUGUGUUCGCUGCCAUUUUCUAUUAAAUUUCCUUAAGAAAAGUAUUUUCCAAACAAAAAAGGUGUGUGCCUACCUACAGACUGCCGCAGGUUAUGCGAAGAGGCUGGUAUAAGUAUGUCCUCGUACGGCGCUCCCGGGGCCUGGGACGGCGGGCCGCCCGGUGCAGAGGCGGACUAUGCCACGCAGCACGCCCCGCCGCUCGCCCCGCCCAUGCCCACUACGGACCCUUGGACCGGCGUCAGCUACAGCUCCUACGGCCAGCCCCACUUCGAUUACCAGCAUUAUGCUCCCACGGGUUAUGGUUACAAUUACGAUUCGAGUUAUUAUUCUCGGUCUGACGGCUAUUAUAAAUACCCAGAUGCAAGGGAUGCUUAUUCUGCGGCACCGAGCGGCUACGAUUAUACUAGGGUUCGAGCGCGGUCCCGUUCUCCGUCCGACACCGCGGCCUGCGACCGGCGGCAGGCGUCUUAUAAGUCUAAGUCUAGAAGUGUGUCUCCAUAUAAGAGAAAAGAAAGAUCUUAUUCAAGAAAACGGGAAAGUAGUUACGAUGAUAGUAGUAGAAAAAGACACUCUAAAAGUAGAUCUAAGUCAAGGCAUGCUAAGUAUUCUUCUAGUGACCAUUCUAGUUCACGAUCUAGGUCAUACUCUCGGUCACCAUUGAAGAAAAAUACAAGGAAAAGAAGUCCUUCAUCAGAGUCAUCACAUUCUGAAAAGUAUGUAAGAAGAUCUCGUAGAGACAGUGACCAUUCCUUGACACCUCCCAUAAAGAAGAGUAAGACACAUUCUCGCAAUCGUUCAUGUACUCCUAGUGGUAAGCGAAGUGCUCGUAAAAAGUCAGCCAGUGUUGAACGAGAAAAAAUGAGGCGCAAAGAGAGAUCUUAUUCUAGUAAAGAAAAGAGAAAAAGUAAAAUGUUAUCGACUAGGAAACAAAAGGAACCAUCUGAAACUCCAUCAAAAGCUUAUAAAAAAUCUGAUAGCUCACCUGCAACACCAACAUCAUCAAAACAUCAUAAAAGAUCUGACCAUUCACUCACACCACCGAGGAAAUAUAAAAACAAGGGCAGAAGAUCUCCACCACCACAGAGAAAACCAAGAGAUAGUUCUGUUACACCUCCAAAAUGUUACGCCAGGAGUCAAUCUUCUUCCAGCUCUGAUUCUAACUCAUCAAAGAAGCGAUCUAAACGUAAUCAAUCAGGCACUCCAAAAUCUAAUCAUUCCAGAUCUAGAUCAGUAUCCAGCCAUUCAUCAGCAUCCUCAAGGCAUUCAAGAUCAAAGUCUAAUCAUCGUAGUAGACGUGAGUCAGCUAAACGCAAAUCUCGCUCAAAGGGAAAUUUAAAACGUCGCUCUGAAAGCAAAAGCAGAUCUCAGUCUCGACGACGAUCAUUAUCCAGAGGAAAAGGAAGGAACUCUACAUCAAAGUCCAAAUCGAAGUCUAGAUCUCGUAGUCGCAGUGGAACUCAAAGUGAUGACGAACGUCGCGGACAAUUUACCGUCGCGGACAGGAAACGUUACUGGAAAAUGCACAGAAGCCGACAGGAAGAGAAGGAAAGAGCUAAGAGUCCACAGAAGGAGGUGAAACCACCUCCAGGUGCCGUGGAGUCUACAACAGUGGAUGACAUUGAGUAUGGUGAUCCACCGGAAAUAGAAGGCCCCAACUUUGCUGAAUUGCUCCCCGCACCCGAUCAAGUUGUACAAAGUUCUCCUUCAACAUCCAAAUCUAAACCUAUGGCUUUACCUAUUAAAAAUGAUGGUAGCUUCUUAGAAAUGUUUAAGAAAAUGCAAGAGGUCGCUAAGCCAACUGAUGAGCCAGACAAAAAGCCAAUUAAGAAACCAGUUUUGCCAUUUAUAGGAAAAAGACGAGGGGGCAGAGUUCUUAAAACUGGCUUGGUAAAGAAAGCAAAAGCUAUUGAUGAACAAACCGUUGACAACACUCCGAAAGAUGCUUGGUCACUUUAUAUGCAGGAAGUUAAAAAAUACAGAGAGACUUCUUGUGAGGAGGAAAGGAAGACUAGGCCUCUCGUUAAAUAAAAAAAUAUUAUUUUUGUAUCAAACUCUGCUUAUGUUUAAUUUAACAAUCUCGUUUUCUAUUAUAUGUUUAUCAUCAUUGUCUAUUUAGUCUCUGUGAACCAGCUAAUAAAGAACAAAAAGAAUGAAUUUA